AUGGUGGCGUAUUGCAAUGAAGUCUGCCGGCUUGAGGACAAGUUCGACGGUCUGGAGCUCAACCACAUCACGAGACACUUCAACGAGUCAGCUGACGAGCUAGCAAAGGCGGCAUCCGACCGGAAGCCAGUCCUCGAUGGCGUCUUUACCAGCGACCAGUAUAAGCCCUCGAUCCGCUACGAGGAGUUGGGAGAGGUCGGCAAUGCGCCACCUGUCCUGGACUCAGGAGCUGAACCGGGAAAGGUCGGCAACGCGCCGCCUGUCCCGGACUCGGGAGCUGACCCCUACGACCCCGAGGUCAUGGAAGUUGACAUGAACCCAGCAGAGGGGCCCGACCCCCUGCCUGACUGGAGAACCCCGUACCUCGACUACCUCAUCCGCGAGUCGCUUCCGACGGACAAGACAGAGGCGCGAGGGAUUGCCCACGGCACGAAAUCCUUCGUCAUCAUCGACCAGGAGCUCUAUAAGCGGAGCCAUACCGGCAUUCUACAACGCUGCAUCCCGAUCGAGCAAGGAAAGGCGUUACUCCAUGACAUCCACGCCGGAGCUUGCGGCCACCACGCCGCACCAAGAACUCUAUUCGGGAAUGCCUUCCGACAAGGCUUCUACUGGCCGACGGCAGUUGCCGACGCCACCCGCGUGGCACUCCAGACCAUCCCUAUCAUGUGGCCCUUCGCGAUCUGGGGUCUGGACCUCAUCGGGCCCUUCAAGAAGGCGCCCGGGGGCUUCACCCACCUGCUCGUCGCCGUAGACAAGUUCUCGGAGUGGAUCGAGGCUCGACCGAUCGCGCAGAUCAAGUCCGAGGAGACAGGUCUCAAGCCAUGGAUCUUCGACCACCUCAACAAGUUCGGCGGCUGA